UUCUGCGACACGGGCAUGCCAGUGAGGGAGCGGGCGCGCGACCUGAUCUCGCGGCUGACGUUGGACGAGAAGAUCUCGCAGCUGAGCAACAAUGCCUCGGCCAUCCCACGCCUCGGCGUCCCCUACUACCAGUGGUGGUCGGAGGCGCUGCAUGGGUUGGCUGCCUUCGAAGGAGUCGAGACUGGCAUCUCGUUUGACGGGGUCGUCAAGGCAGCCACCAGCUUCCCUCAGAUCAUACUCACCGCCUCCUCAUUCGAUGCUCAUCUCUGGUAUCGGAUAGCAAAGGUGAUUGGAACAGAGGGAAGAGCCAUGUACAAUGAGGGGCAGGCGACCGGCCUAACGUUCUGGGCGCCAAACAUCAACAUCUUCAGGGAUCCGCGGUGGGGGAGGGGGCAGGAGACCCCUGGGGAGGACCCCUUGCUCACCGCCAAGUAUGCCACGUCGUUUGUCAGAGGCCUCCAAGGCGACUCCUUUGAGGGUGGAGCCCUCAAAGACGGUCACCUCCAAGCCUCCGCGUGUUGCAAGCACUUCACUGCCUACGAUCUCGAAAGCUGGAAGGGAUAUGAACGCUUCACCUUUAAUGCUCAAGUGACGAAACGGGAUUUGGCGGAUACGUACCAGCCCUCAUUCAAGGGUUGCGUCGAGGAGGGGAAGGCGAGUGGGUUAAUGUGCGCGUAUAAUCUUGUGAAUGGGGUCCCAAACUGCGUGGAUUAUGAUCUGCUCACCAAGACUGCCCGCGGAGAGUGGGGGUUUGACGGGUACAUAACCUCAGACUGUGAUGCAGUUUCGCUUCUCUUUCGGAAGCAACAUUAUGCAAAAUCAGAUGAAGAGGCUGUUGCUGAUGCGCUCAAAGCUGGAAUGGAUGUGGGUUGUGGUCCGUAUUUGGGAAACUAUGCAAAAUCUGCCGUUUUGAAAGGGAUAAUUUCUGAAUCUGACAUAGACAAAGCUCUAGAGAAUCUUUUCACUGUGAGGAUGCGGUUAGGUCUCUUCAAUGGGCCCCCAAGUGGGACCUACGGGAAACUAGGGCGUGCAGAUGUCUGCGCACCCGAGCACCAGGAGCUGGCACUUGAGGCAGCCAGGCAGGGGAUAGUCCUGCUGAAAAAUGAGAGAAAACUAUUGCCGCUAUCCAAGGCCAAAAAGGGGACUCUUGCGGUGAUAGGCCCGAACGCGAAGAUUUACAAUACGCUUCUCGGAAACUACGCGGGGCCGCCUUGCAGCACCAUCAGUCCACUCCAAGGGCUAAUGAGUUAUGUUGAGGAUGUGAAGUUUGAACAAGGGUGUGGCAUUGUCAAUGGUAGCUCUGUCGAUGAGAAAAGAGCGGUCGAGCUUGCAAAGUCAGCGGACCACGUGGUUUUGGUGAUGGGAUCCAACCAACUACAAGAAGCAGAGUAUAUUGAUCGUGUGGAUUUGGUUCUUCCGGGGAAGCAGCAAAGCUUGAUCAUGAGCGUUGCCGAGGCGGCUAAGAAGCCUGUCGUGUUGGUGCUGCUAUGUGGAGGGCCGAUUGAUGUUUCAUUCGCCAAAAAUGAGCCAAAAAUAGGAAGCAUUUUGUGGGCUGGGUAUCCUGGUCAGGCUGGAGGGAGAGCAAUUGCAGAGAUCAUAUUUGGAGACUAUAAUCCUGGAGGUAGGUUGACUAUGACUUGGUAUCCCCAAGACUUCGUGAAGAUACCGAUGAUCGAUAUGAGAAUGAGGGCGGAUCCUUCAUCCGGCUUCCCCGGGCGUACCUAUAGAUUCUACAAAGGCGAAAAGGUGUUUGAAUUCGGGUACGGGCUGAGCUACACCACCUAUUCUUACAAGAUCGAUUUCGUGGGGUUUGAUAUGAAGGCAUCAUCAUCCACUUCCAACCUAGGGUAUAUCUCGAUACAAGAGUUGGGAUCGGGGUGGUGUGAGAAGGCUAGGUUUUUGGUAAGAGUAAGUGUUAAGAAUAAAGGAAAGAUGGCGGGUAAGCACCCAGUGCUUUUGUUUUUGAAGCGCACUCAAUAUAGUGGUGGUAUUGGUAGCCCGAUGAAACAAUUGAUCGGGUUUCAGCCGGUUAGGAUCAAUGCUAAGGAGAAGGCGAGCGUUGAGUUUUCGGUGAGUCCUUGUGAGCAUUUUAGUAGCGCUAAUGAAGAUGGGGAGAUGGUGAUUGAAUUAGGAGAUGCGAGUUUAGUUGUAGGAGAUGAGGAGCAUCCAUUUAGAAUAAAUUUAUGA